CAUCCGAGGCCAGUGCCGAACGAUCUAGUCAUCGAGCGAUCGGUGCUCGAUUGCGAUCGUCUUUUCUUCGGUUAAAGAUGGCUGCUCAGGUUCCUGAGGUGUUCAAACACCAUCGGCAGGAAAACGUCUGCUUCACACGACCCAAAUACCGAGAGGGUCGGAGGCUGAGGGCUGUCAAAGUGUACACAAUAAAUCUGGAAUCGAAGCACCUGCUAAUACAGGGAGUGCCAGCUGUGGGAGUCAUGAAGGAGUUGAUUGAACUCUUUGCAUUAUAUGGAACCAUUGAAGAAUAUUCUGUAUUGCAUGAGUAUCCAGCCGAGGAAUUCACAGAAGUUUAUCACAUCAAAUACCAAAGAUUACAGAGUGCAAGAAUAGCAAAACGUAAACAAGAUGAGCGAAGUUUUUUUGGUCGUUUGCUUCAUGUGUGUUAUGCCCCAGAGUUUGAAUCAGUGGAGGAUACCAGAGAAAAAUUAAAAGAGAGGAGAAGGUACAUAAUGAGGUCAACAAGCAACAAAGAUACAGAUCUAUACAAAGCGGGAAAGAAAGUCAUAAAACCAGUUACCUUAUCAAAUACUGCAAAGGAAGCAUUUUCUGAAAAACCUGAGCAUUGUGCAAGUUUGGAAUCCAAGCAGAUGAAGUGGAAUACAGAUUCCAUAUAUAGUUACCCAAUGCCGUUGCCACCACUUCAACCAGAUAAUCCAGCCGCUUCAUCGACAUCAAGGGUCAGACAAGAAUGUCCUCAAAUGUCUUCUUUUUGUGGAACAUUACCGAAAGACAUUGCUGUUAGUACAGAAAACCAAUCAUAUUUUGAAUCUAAAUUACCUUGUUUUCACAACCAGUGUUUGGACAAAUCUGGUGAUUCUAAGGAUUCCUGGAGUUCGGAAAGAAAAACUUGGACCCCUAAUAUUGGGACUUGUGUCUCCAGAUUUGUUCCCAGGACUACUCUGCUGCAAGGCAGGAAGAAAAUAAAUCAAGAAAUGAACAUUCACAUAUGUGAUGGAUUUGAUACUGACAGUACUACAGUGGUAUUAGGACCAAAGCUUCCAGAAAUGCCAAAGAUGGACUUAGGGGAUACUUCCUUAAAUAUGUCUGCUACUUUGAUCAGGAAUAAACUUACAGAGGUUUUGUCUUCUUCUACAAAAGAAGCUGAAGUAUUACAAAUAAAACCUCCAAAACAACGUCGAAGAAUCUAAAGAUGAGCUCCCUGAAAGAUGGAAGAAAAAUAAUUGCUUCGCUAUUAUGUGCUAUUUCACAUAAGUACUUCACAUAAAAUGUAUUGGUUUGAUUAUUGGUAGCUCUUGCUACCUAAGCAAAUGUACCAAUCUACUUUAUGCAUAAGGUGAUUCCAGAAAGACAACAGCGUUAAUCUGGAAGAUUGCUAGUUAUAAUAUUUAAGAGAGGAAGGUUACCCACAGACACUGGGAGAUCGUUUUUCAAAUAGUGCUGUGUGAUCUUUAAUGUCCACUAGAACAGUCAGAAGCAACCUCAAUUUAAUGUCACUUCAGAAGAACGGUGUCUUCCAUAGAAAUCCUUCAAUAAUGCACUAAAGUGUUGCCUUGGCUCAUAUAUUCAAGUCUUCACACAAUACUUCAUUCCACCAAUUGUAGUGGGAGGCCAAGCCUAGGAAAUUUAGAAAGAGUAAGUUAAUAUGGAAAAUCAAAUUUGCCAGAAUAGAAGUUAAAUAUAGAUUUAGAAUGAUGACUAUAAUGAAGGACAAAGAAAAAAGGUGAAAACACACAAACAUAAGACAGGUACAGAAAAGAGAGAGAUGUGAUUAACAAUAAAUAAAAUUGUUCAACAAUGCAAAAGCAAGUGUUGCACUUACACCGAGUGAUAGACCCCUAAGAAGAGAUUGCUUUCGUGAAGAUGAGCACACUUUAAUUUUGCAUAUGAAUAACAAUGAGCAAUCAGCUGAAAUUCACAGGAAAAGGCUUUUUUGAUACUUUUCACCCCCUUAAUAUUAAAUAACUUCAGAAAUAAAUGUACUCACCAACUUUGCUUGUUUUUACUAAUUGUGUAAUUUCCAUAACCAUUUCUGAAAUAAAGAUGGAACGAUGACAUGGUUAAA